AUGCCAUCCCCAUACAUUCUUGUCGCCAACUCCCGUGCCACCACUGUCGACGAUGACCUCUGGUCCAAGUUCUACAGCGAAGAGCACAUCCCCGAUGUCAUCAGCUGCGGUGUCGCGACCAAGGGGCUGGUUUAUAAAGAAACGUUUGAUUAUCCUGGAGCUCCACCUACCAAGCGCGAGCCGCUGAACUUCACCGUCAUUUAUCAAUCGCCUCACCAAAGGCCGCUUUCAACGCCAGGGGCUGCCAAAAUACGACAUGAUAGUGACGUUUUGCCAAGGCCAUCCUUGGAAUGUGGUGAGGUAGACGUGAGGCAGUAUGAGCUGAUUCAGGAGUAUGACCCAUUGAAGACGGGUGAUGAUCCCGCUCCUGUCAUUCUCUGGGUUGAAAUUGAAGUUGGGGAUGAGGAGGACAUGGACCAGUGGUAUCGGAAAGAGCAUCUUGACAUGGUGGCAAAAAUCCCGGGGCAUCGCCGCUCGCUGAGAUACAAGGCUGGAAAUAAGAUCGGGGGUAUGACCCAGCCCAUAAAAUAUCUAGGGGUGAAUGAUUUCGACACCGUAGAUGGAUUUGGAGGCAAAGAGUUUGCCGAGAGCGCGGCGACCGAAUGGGCCAAAAAGGUUAAAGGGGACGUGAAGGCUGCGAAGAUGAGGGUCUUCAAACUCGAGCGUGCGGUGGGGUAUGGAGAACCCCGAACAGCGAAAAUUUAG